AUGGUGCUUGCUCUCUGUAGUCACUGUGGGAGGAUGAGUUUACUUAUAACCUAAAAUAACACUGUUGCGUGACGUUUUAAUAAUAACACAAAAAUAUAUGUUUUCUGAAUAAUUUCUCUUUGCAUUUUUCAAGAAUAAAUAAUAUGUUGCCUGAAAUGUUGCCAGUAAAAUUCAUGAAAUUGAAAACAGCACCAGACCCAACAUUUUGGGCAAAAUUUGCAGAAUUGAAAAUAGACAAAUUGAAAUUGGACGAGAAGUACAAGAUACCUUUGUGGGGAAGUUUCUCUUUUCAAUCGAUAGAUGAGGGAAAAACUAAUCCAUUAAUACUUGAUUGUACAUCAUUUAAUGAAGACAUUAGAACAACUUCCCACAAUGGAGCAAUAGUGUAUCAUGGCUAUAUGAUUAACACAAAUACCUAUGAAUCAUUUAGACAGAUAAAUCCUCAGGAGUUUAUUGAUGUUAUGGGAAAAUGUGUUAUUGACAGUAUCAUAGAUGGUACAGCACUAAAAGAAUCUUGGCGGCUCGUAGUAUUCUUAGUAUAUGCAUACUCUGACCUGAAGAAGUACCGGUUUCAUUUUUGGACUGCACAUCCAACUCCUUUUUCAUUGCCGGAAAUCUACUUAGCUCUACCGUCCAAACCUCUAUAUAGUGAAUUUACAGAUGAGCAAAUCAGUUUAUUAUAUACAAGAUUUCUUCAGCUACCUCCAGAUUUAAGGAGCUUUUUCACAAUCUUUGUGUCUGAAAAUGGUGACUUAAGUCUUGAGGAAUUGUCAAAAGGAGUGGAAUAUGCAAAAUUAAGUGUUGAUAACAAAGCCGAUUCAGAGAAGGUGAAGAAUGAAAUAUACUUUGCGUUUUAUGAUCCUUGCGCAAGUGCAGAACCUGGCUGGCCCUUGCGAAACCUUCUGUGUCUGUUACUGUGGCAUUGUCCUACAUAUUGUUUCACUCAAAACAUCAAAGUCCUGUCUGUGAGGAGUGGUAAAAUACAAAACUCUAUUAUAUUUACACUCAAACUCAAAGCAGACAAAGACACGGAAGCUAUAAGGGAUGAUAUUUCGAAAGGCCGGUUAGUAGGUUGGGAAACUAAUGCAAAAGGAAAGAUGGGUCCUAACAUCUUGAACUUAUCCCACAGUAUGGAUCCUACCAAAUUGUUAGAUAGAGCAAUCAAUUUAAAUUUGAAAUUGAUGAAAUGGCGCCUUGUUCUCGAGCUAGAUUUAGAAAAAGUCAGUAGCCUCCGAUGUCUUCUGUUGGGCGCUGGUACACUAGGGUGUUCUGUGGCAAGAGUACUACUUGGCUGGGAUAUAACUAAUAUGACGAUUGUAGACAGUUCCACUGUUUCUCACAGUAAUACAGUGCGUCAGAGUUUAUACACACAUGAAGACGCUGUACAAGGUCGAUGCAAAGCUGAUGCCGCGAAAAAUGCUUUACUUAGAAUACGUCCUAACAUGAAUGUGGAAGGUGUAGUUUUGCAUAUUCCCAUGCCUGGUCAUGUGGUUGGACAGAGUAUGAUGGAGACAACGAAGGAAGCUGUGAGGAAAUUGGAAGAACUUGUACAAAGUCACGAUGUAGUGUUCCUGCUUUUGGAUUCACGAGAAGCUAGAUGGCUGCCCACGCUUUUGUGCGCUGCGAUGAAUAAGAUAGCUAUUAACGCUGCUUUGGGCUUUGAUUCCUACACAGUACAACGGCACGGCAUGCGUAAUCUUUCUGAUUCCUGUUCUCCAAAUUUAAAGGUACAAAAUCUUCUAGGGAAGGAUCUUGGAUGUUACUUUUGUAACGAUGUAACACAACCCGGAAACUCGCAAUUGGACAGAACACUUGAUCAACAGUGUACUGUCAGUAGACCCGGUUUGUCGCAAAUCGCUGCGGGUUUAGCAGUUGAACUGCUCAUUGCAUUAACGCAACAUCCACAGGGAAUUUUAGCUAGAGCACUUAUGACUGCCGAUGACGAUAAUCGAGAAAACAGUGACAAUCCAUUGGUAGGAUUAUUGGGUGGUGUGCCUCAUACGAUACGAGGCUCACUUUGGAGUCAUGAGAUGAAACUGACAGUCACUCAUAAAUUCCUAUCCUGUACAGCUUGUUCUAUACCUUUAAUCAAAGAGUAUCAGCAACGCGGUUUUGAUUUUAUACUCGAUGCCUGCAAUGUGCCAAAUUAUCUUGAGAAGUUAUCUGGACUCGAGGAAAUUCUGAAAAGACCAGAUCUAGACGAGUUGUUUUAUGAAAUAGACAUCCUGAGCGAGGAUGAAGAGACAUAGAACAAAAUAUUUAAACAUCGAAGGCAAAGUGCCUGUACAAAGCAUUUAAAUUCUUAUGACAUUUAUAUAUCAUGUUUUAUAUAAGAUGUGAAGUAGGAUGAAGUUCAAAGGAUUUUUAAUCAAAGUGCAUUUUGCAGAAUCAAAAACCUUUUAAUGCCAAAAUUUAUUAAUUUAGGAGAAAUGUAUAUGCAAAAAAAACUGCAUUUCUAUUUCUCCAAUUGUGCAUAAUCUACGGAGUAAUUCAAUUUACACAUAAUUGCAUAUCUACGUAUAGUUUUACCAUUGAUAUUGAUUAGCACUGAUAGCUUCAGUUAAUAUUGUGAUUUUUAUACUGUAAGUGUGAUAGCAUAUUUUCCUAUUAUAAUUAUGAUACAGCAAUUAUCAACGUAUAUUAAUAUAUGUAAUUUUUUUAUCUCAAUUAAGAGAUUAUGAGAUAAAAGAGGAUGCAAAAUCUAUUUGAAUAUAGGAUAUAUAACAAUAAUAUAUAUCGCUACACGAUUUUCGUGCUGUUGCUAAUAUUAGAAAAUAAUUGCAACUUUUAAUCGAUGUUGUUCACUUUAGAUGUUUAUAUAGUUUAUAACACAUUUUCCAUGUCACGUUUUUAUUUUUAUAUUACAGUUUUUUAUGUUUUAUUAGCUUUAUCUUUAUUAUAUAAAGAUAUGCAAGCACUGUACUUUACAAGUAGAAUACGGUAAGAUUCAAAAAUACUUGAUUUUAAAUGAAUAUUUCACAUCAAUUUCUUGUAA